AUGAACAAAAGUGGCACUUUUUGGCGUCGCAUUGCUUUGUACUUUGCGGCGAAUCAAAAGGGAGGAGAAAUCCGAGAGUCUGGGCAGUGCAAACAAAGAUGGCACAAGAUUAAUGAUCUUGUGUGCAAGUUCUGUGGGGCUUAUGAGGCUGCAACAAGAGAAAGAACAAGUGGUCAAAACGAGAAUGACAUUUUCAAAAAUGCGCAUGCUAUUUUCUUCAAUCUCCAUAAGAAGAAAUUCACUCUCGAAUACGCUUGGAAGGAACUGAAGAACGACCAAAAGUGGUGUGAUUUGUCAACCAGUAAAACCGAUGGCAGCUGUAAAAGGAGGAAGACGGAGGAUGCAAAUGCAGAGGGAAAUGGAGAUGGAAACAAUACUUGUUCGGGAAACGAGCUUUUAUAG